GCUACGAGUGGUCCAGCGUGAAGUCGUGUCGCUUGAACGUUGAAACGCGUCGUCGUCUUCCGUCUUCCGUCUUGCUUCGUCGUUUACGGCGUCGACAUUGUGCAUCGUGUGAUUUUCCUCGAAGUAGUUCUCGGUCGCGCGACACCCUUUCCCGGCACGACCUUCGUGAUUCGCGGCACGCCGUCAGUGUCUGCGGAUAUCGAUCAUCUCUCGUGAUCUGAAGAGGCUGGCGAAGAAACAGAAACUAACCGAGAAGAGGCGAAGAGGCGAAGAGGAAAGGAAGGUGUGAAUAGUGGACGGUGAUUUUUCGGGAGUCCCGUGGGCUCCGGUCAAACAGGAUUCCGAUCGAACCGAACCGAGAAUAGAACGGCGACGGAUCACAGGAUACGAUAAGAAAAGGUUAAAGUUUGCCACCGACAAGUGAAAUAAGAGAUUGUUCGAUUUCUCGUCUACCGGUCGAAAAACGCGACUAUGAUAAAGAGCGAUCAUAAUCGUCGGCGAAGAAGCGUAAAAAUAGAAUCAGGCAUUUUUGUGUGAUGAUUCGAUGCACGACGGAGGAGAAUUGUAGAGCGAAGCUAUUGUUCUACGAUCCGUUUCUGCCUCUUAAAAUAUCUACGUGAAGAGGUGUACAGUAGCGGUUUCUUAACGGGAACAAGAUAAAAACCAGAACGAUUCCUUCAAAUGGAAGAACUAGCGUUUUCACUGAACGUCAACCGAUAUCUCGACGACGAGUCAUCGAACUGAGUAUCGUUGUUGAAUUGAACGAUCGGAUCGUUGUUUGUCGUCCGAUUGAGACAUCGAUCGAUCAGCGUUGGAUCGUUUCCUAACGAUCAGACGAACAUGGAUGCCCUGGAAUUGCAAGCGGCCCUGGUGAAGCUCGAUCCAGCCACCACGGUCACGCCAAUCGGCUCGAGCGUGAAAAUCUUACCUGCUCAUCAUCGUAUCGCCUUCACGGUGGACCUGGACGAGAACGAUCUGACCCUGGAAAAGAACACUGUACAAAACAACGACGAGAAAUCGAACAACGUGUCCGGCGUACAGACAACCACCAUGGCACCUAGAAAGAUGCAGAAUAAUUGCUCGGCUCAGUUGACCGUGGCCAGUCAUCAGAAUCGUCCGAACAAACAGCAGAUUGAAGUGUCCAAAUGUGAGAUGGCCGAGGUCAGGUGACGCCAGGCUUGCUUCGACCUUAUCUUUUAUCACACUUAUCCACCGUACAGGGGCAACAAGCAUCAUGCUAAACAUCACGCUAAGGAGAAGAGACAUCA